AUGCAGAUGCACUACGAUGCUUUUCACCCUACCUCGGCGAAGCAAAAUCGGGGACCGAUUCUGGAGGUGCUCCGCAAAGAGCUCCCUGAGGAUGGGUCAGGAAUGGUGCUGGAGAUCGGUUCUGGCAGUGGUUGUCACGCUGAGUUCUUUGCCACGGCGCUGCCGAAACUGCAGUGGCAGCCCACUGAGUGUGUAAAGUUCGCGGGCAUGACCGACCUCAAGGACAUCGACAUCGUCGCUACAAGGUGCAAGCGCAUCGACCACGUCGGUGCAAGGACGUUGCCCAAUGUGAAGCCAGCGCUUGCGCUGGACGCCUCCACCCCGUGGGAGGAGUGGCCGACCGAGGUUCAGAGCUUGGCCGGUGACUUCACCAUAGUAUACCUGUCCGACGUGACCCACAUCAGCCCAUGGAAGGUGACUUGCGGUGUCAUCGCAGGGGCUGCGAAAGCCCUGGCCAAGGGGGGGCGUCUGAUUAUGUACGGUCCUUUCAAGGUCGAUGGCAAAUGCACCACUCAGAGCAACGCCGACGACGACGCGAGCCUGAGAUCGCAGGAUCCAGAAUGGGGUUAUCGAGAUAUCGCCGACAUUGCUGCUGAGGCCGAGAAGCAAGGCAUCAAGUUCAUUCAGCGGCAAGAAAUGCCGGCGAACAACUUUUUCCUAACCUUCGAGAAGCAGGGUUUAGGAGAAGCAAAGACGAGGUUGAGUUUGUAA